AUGUUGGAAGACGAGUCCCACGCCGAGGGGUCGGCGGUGGUCGCCGCGGCCGGGGAGGCGCUGCAGGCCUUGUGCCAGGAGCUGAACCUGGACGAGGGGAGCGCGGCCGAAGCCCUGGACGACUUCACCGCCAUCCGGGGCAACUACAGCCUAGAGGGAGAAGUUAUACACUGGUUGGCAUGUUCAUUAUAUGUUGCAUGCCGCAAAAGCAUUAUUCCCACAGUUGGAAAGGGUAUCAUGGAAGGAAAUUGUGUUUCACUUACCAGAAUACUACGUUCAGCUAAAUUAAGUUUAAUACAGUUUUUUAGUAAAAUGAAGAAGUGGAUGGACAUGUCAAACCUGCCACAAGAAUUUCGUGAACGUAUAGAAAGAUUAGAAAGAAAUUUUGAGGUGUCUACUGUAAUUUUCAAAAAAUUUGAGCCAAUAUUUUUGGAUAUAUUUCAAAAUCCAUAUGAAGAGCCACCAAAGUUACCACGAAGCAGGAAGCAGAGGAGGAGUCCUUGCAGUGUUAAGGAUCUCUUUAAUUUCUGUUGGACACUCUUUGUUUAUACUAAGGGUAAUUUUCGUAUGAUUGGAGAUGAUUUAGUAAACUCUUAUCAUUUACUUCUGUGCUGCUUGGAUCUGAUUUUUGCCAAUGCCAUUAUAUGCCCAAAUAGAGGAGAUUUGCUAAAUCCAUCAUUUAAAGGAUUGCCAUCUGAUUUCCAUACUGCUGACUUCAGGGCUCCUGAAGAGCCUCCCUGCAUCAUUGCUGUACUGUGUGACCUGCAUGACGGACUUCUAGUAGAAGCAAAAGGAAUAAAGGAGCACUACUUUAAGCCAUAUAUUUCAAAACUCUUUGACAGGAAGAUUUUAAAAGGAGAAUGCCUCCUGGACUUUUCCAAUUUUACUGAUAAUAGCAAAGCAGUGAACAAGGAGUAUGAAGAAUAUGUUUUAACUGUUGGUGAUUUUGAUGAACGGAUCUUUUUGGGAGCAGAUGCAGAUGAGGAAAUUGGAACUCCUCGAAAGUUCGCUGGUGACACCCCAUUAGGGAAACUGACAGCACAGGCUAAUGUGGAAUAUAACCUUCAACAACACUUUGAAAAAAAAACAUCAUUUGCACCUUCAACACCCCUGACAGGACGGCGAUAUUUAAGAGAAAAAGAAGCUAUCAUUACUCCUGUUGCUUCAGCCACUCAAAGUGUGAGCCGGUUACAGAGUAUUGUGACUGGGCUGAAAAAUGCACCAAGUGAACAACUUAUAAAUAUUUUUGAAUCUUGUAUGCGUAAUCCUAUGGAAAAUAUUAUGAAAAUAGUGAAAGAAAUAGGAGAGACUUUCUGUCAACACUAUACUCAAUCAACAGAUGAACAACCAGGAUCUCACAUAGACUUUGCUGUAAACAGACUAAAGCUUGCAGAAAUUUUGUAUUAUAAAAUACUAGAGACUGUAAUGGUUCAGGAAACACGAAGACUUCAUGGAAUGGACAUGUCAGUUCUUUUAGAGCAAGAUAUAUUCCAUCGUUCCUUGAUGGCCUGUUGUUUGGAAAUUGUGCUCUUUGCUUAUAGUUCACCUCGUACUUUUCCCUGGAUUAUUGAAGUUCUCAAUUUGCGGCCAUUUUAUUUUUAUAAGGUUAUUGAGGUGGUGAUCCGCUCAGAGGAGGGACUUUCCAGGGACAUGGUGAAACACCUGAACAGCAUUGAAGAACAGAUUUUGGAGAGUUUAGCAUGGAAUCAUGAUUCUGCACUGUGGGAGGCUCUCCAGGCUUCUGCAAACAAGGUUCCUACUUGUGAAGAAGUUAUAUUUCCAAAUAACUUUGAAACAGGAAAUGGGGGAAAUGUACAGGGUCAUCUUCCCAUGAUGCCAAUGUCUCCUCUAAUGCAUCCAAGGGUCAAAGAAGUUCGGACAGACAGUGGAAGUCUUCGAAGGGAUAUGCAACCAUUGUCUCCAAUUUCUGUCCAUGAACGCUACAGUUCUCCUACCGCAGGGAGUGCUAAGAGAAGACUUUUUGGGGAGGACCCCCCAAAGGAAAUGCUUAUGGACAGGAUCAUAACAGAAGGAAGAAAAUUGAAAAUUGCUCCUUCUUCAAGCAUUACUGCUGAAAAUAUAUCAAUUUCACCUGGGCAAAGUCUUUUAACAAUGGCCACAGCCAUAGUAACGGGGACAACAGGACAUAAAGUUACAAUCCCAUUGCAUGGUAUUGCAAAUGAUGCUGGAGAGAUCACACUGAUACCAAUUUCCGUGAACACAACUCAGGAGUCCAAAGUUGAGAGUCCUGUAUCACUUACUGCUCAGUCAUUAAUUGGUGCUUCUCCAAAACAAACCCAUCUGACUAAAGCACAAGAGGUACAUCCAACUGGAAUAAGCAGACCAAAGAGAACGGGGUCCUUAGCACUGUUUUAUAGAAAGGUUUAUCAUUUGGCAAGUGUACGCUUACGUGAUUUAUGUUUAAAACUGGAUGUUUCAAAUGAGUUACGAAGGAAGAUAUGGACGUGUUUUGAAUUUACUUUAGUUCACUGCCCUGACCUAAUGAAAGACAGACAUUUGGAUCAGCUCCUCCUUUGUGCCUUUUACAUCAUGGCAAAGGUAACAAAAGAAGAAAGAACUUUUCAAGAAAUCAUGAAAAGUUAUAGGAAUCAGCCCCAAGCUAAUAGUCACGUCUAUAGAAGUGUACUGUUGAAAAGUAUUCCAAGAGAAAUUGUGACUUAUAAUAAAAAAGUAAAUGAUUUUGAAAUGACCGAUUGUGACUUGGAAGAUGUUACAAAAACACCUGAUUGUUCCAGUGCACCAGUGAGAGAGGAAAGGGGCGAUCUUAUCAAAUUUUACAAUACAAUAUAUGUAGGAAGAGUGAAGUCAUUUGCAUUGAAAUAUGACUUGUCAAAUCAGGACCAUAUGAUGGAAGCUCCACCACUCUCUCCUUUUCCACAUAUUAAGCAACAGCCCGGCUCACCACGCCGAAUUUCCCAACAGCACUCUGUUUAUGUUUCCCCACACAAGAAUGGGUCAGGCCUUACGCCAAGGACUGCUCUGCUGUAUAAGUUCAAUGGCAGCCCUUCUAAGAGUUUGAAAGAUAUCAACAACAUGAUAAGGCAAGGUGAACAGAGAACCAAGAAGCGAGCAAUAGCCAUUGAUGGUGAUGCAGAAUCACCUGCCAAACGCCUCUGUCAAGAAAAUGAUGAUGUUUUACUUAAAAGACUACAAGAUGUUGUCAGUGAAAGAGCAAACCAUUAGUGCCUUUCCUGUUUUUGUGAUAAAAGCACUUUCAGGUUGUUUUGCAUAAAGUUGGGGCUCUAUCCUUCAGAACUUUCAACCUUGUAUAUGGUAAAUAUCACUGAAUUAUAAGAAAA